GGGGUGGCUAAGACUAUAGGUUUAGGACUAGCGUUGCGCUGGGCGAGAAGCAGCGGAGAAGCUCUAUCCUCCGCGUUGCCGGCGGCAUCUCCACGACACCCCCCCCCUCCUCUCCUCCCGCGAGUAACUUCGGAGUAGUCCAGAGGCAGCUUCGAGAUUUCGGCGGAGCCUGCAGGGUGCUGUGGUCACCUUGCCUCUAGCGGAGCUGCCAUGUCGGUGAGCGUGAAUCUGACCGGCCCAGCUCCCUGGGGGUUCCGGAUUACGGGAGGACGAGACUUCAGAAAGCCCAUCAUCGUAUCCAAGGUGAUAGAGCAUGGCAAAGCAGCCUUAGGUGACCUUCGACCUGGAGAUGUCAUAAUUUCCAUCAAUGGGGAGAAUACUUCUGAGAUGCUGAACGUGGAGGCCCAGAACAAGAUCAAGCAGAGCCCUGGGCAGCUGCGAUUGCAAGUGGACAGGUCACAGCAGUUUUCUCCCAGCCAGACCAAUGGCGAAAGUUCCCCAGAGAUGUUGGCCAUACGAUUUCAGGAUGUGGUGAGAACUAGAGACAAUGGUCAGAAUUCAGUGAGAUCUUCCUACUCAAGCCCAGCUUCCAUCAGUCCACGGCCCACCAGCCCCUACAGUCCUUCAUCUCCUGGGUAUCGACCUGGCAGCCCAUACAGCCCAGUGAGACCCAGUCUGCCCACAGAGAUCAGAGGGGAGCCCGUGAUAAACAGCCGCAGCUUCCAAUCAAUGGGGACUUCACUUCAGAGUCAGCAGGAGUCAAGCAACAGACAGAUGCCAGAACAAAGGAGCUUCACCCAUUCCAGAGAGUCUCCUGUGACGGUGCUGCCUCCCUUAAACGGCUCUCCAUCUCCUGGUAAAUACUCCUUCUCCAACCCUUGGGAGAUCAGGAAGGACCAAGAAAGAAGUCCAUCUUCCUAUAACCGCAGUUACAGUUUGGAUACGGAGCCAACGAUGCACCAUUUGGAAGGAGACUCCGAGGUCUACAAGCUGAUGCAGGAAAAUCGUGAUACAAGGGCUGUGCCCCGGCAAUCCAGCACUUUCCGCCUGCUCCAGGUGGCUCUGGAAUUGGAUGAAAAAGAGGGCACGGCAACCCAUUUCCCCAGCCAGCUCUCUCCCAGUUUGCACAAGCCGGUUAGCAGUGCUACGGCAGGGAACUCUCAGAAGCUGCACACCUGUGAGAAAUGUGACAGCCCCAUCACAUACCAGGCGGUGAAAAUCCAAGAGAACCGUUACCGCCACCCGUCUUGCUACGUUUGCACCGACUGUGGGCUCAACCUGAAGAUGCGUGGCCAUUUCUGGGUUGGGGAAGAGAUGUACUGCGAGAAACACGCCCGCCAGCGCUACCAGAGCCCAGCAGAGGACGGCACCAUCUUGGCCGUCUAUUCCCAGUCUUAAAUUGACAGCGGAGCUCAGGAAGCUGAAGAAGAAGGGGAAUGCAGUCAGAUGGAGAUUUCCACCAGGGAUCUUCUCGCCAAACGUGAUUCGGCCCUUUAAAGACAUCUGCAGAAAAGGGGGCUUUGGGGGCAAGAGGGAAUGCCAUGCAAGGACCUUUGGGGAAGGUGCUGAGGGAGGGAGAGGGCGUUCCCUAAGGCAAAUGGCUUUUCUUUUUUUUUUUCUUUCUUUUCAACUACCAGAGUUUUGGGCCGUCAUUCUUCAAGGAACAAAUGUUUGCUGCCACGGACAUUUUGUCUUUUGACAGCUUCGGAAAUGAUGGCUUCCCACGCUGCCAAGUUGCUGGACUCUGGAAAGCGAUUGUCAGGGCUCGUAUUAAUCCUUGGUUUGCGGCCGGCAGCUCCCAGAAGCAACGGGAGGCUCUUAAUGACUCGGUUCUGUGGCUGAAGCACUUAUUGUCUUGCCCCCGUUGCCAAAUUCUCCCUGCCCCACGAUGCAAAUCUAAGACUGAAGGGAAGUUGGGUCCCGGAUGGUGUGGAUUCAGCUCCGAAUGCUGACUUUCCCUGUGAUGCUUCUCUUUAAGAUAUUAAGCCAGAUGUCUAUGUGAAAUAUAAUAUAUAUAUAUAUAUGUAUAUGUAUAAGGAUGGAUAAAACAAUUGCCCCACA